AUGUGGGGCAUUUACCGUGGUCUUACAGUUGUUUUGGAGGAAGGCCUUCGAGAAAUUAUCGUCGAAACUGAUUUCACUAUGGCUGAGGAGCUGCUUACCAAAGGCCCUCCUCCCAAUUGCCCAUACAGAAGCAUUGUUGAGGACUUGUGUCACCUAAUACAGCGUUGUAGCUGCACCAUUCAACACAAAAUGCGGGAAGCUAAUCAAUGUGCAGACAAGGUUGCAAAAAUGGGAGCUAACCAAUCUGAUUUUCUAGUGGUUGUGGAGGAACCACUUGUUGAAGUGCGAAGCCAAAUCCUUGCUGAUAUGUUGGGAGUGGCAUACAGGAGGCUCUAA